AUGGAUCUCAACAGUCUCAAAGACCAGGUCAGCAACCUGACCUUGUAUGACCUGAAAGCCGGUGUACGGAAGGUUCAAAAUGCCGUCAUGAAUUACACGGAGAUGGAAGCGAAGGUCCGAGAAGCUACCAAUAACGAGCCAUGGGGCGCUUCAUCGUCACUGAUGCAGGAAAUUGCCAAUGGCACACACAACUAUCAAUUGCUUAAUGAGAUUAUGCCCAUGAUAUACAAACGAUUCACGGAGAAAGCUGCGGAGGAGUGGAGGCAGAUCUAUAAGGGUCUCCAACUACUCGAGUUUCUCAUCAAGAAUGGUUCAGAGCGAGUGAUCGACGAUGCCCGAUCCCACACCUCUCUUCUCAAGAUGCUACGGCAGUUCCACUUUAUCGAUCAGAAUGGCAAAGAUCAGGGAGUAAACGUGCGUAACCGAUCAAAAGAGCUGGCCGAGCUGCUAGGAGAUGUUGAACGUAUCCGAGCCGAACGGAAAAAAGCCAGGUCCAACCGCAAUAAAUUCGGAGGCGUCGAGGGCGGUGCGAUGAGCGGUGGCAUGUCCAGCGGCAGCCGGUAUGCCGGCUUUGGCAGUGAAGAUUCUGGUGGAUACGGGGCAUACAGUGGUGGAGUCUACGGUGAUGGUGGUGGAUAUGGAGGAAAUACGUCUGGUUUCCAGGACUCGAGCAGCAGGAAAGAUCGAUUUGAGGAAUAUGACGAGGGCGACGAUGGCGAGGUUUCGUCGACUUCACGACGGAAAGCAGACGUCCCAAAACGAGAGCAAAAGAAAGCCGAGCCGGCUAAACCAAAAGAACCAGAGAUCGAUAUUCUGGCCUUUGACAACGACAUUCCACCUGAAACCCCUCCGAAAGAGUUCGCCUCCAGUAUGAGGAAACCCGCUACAAACCCACUAAAUACUGGCGCAACAGACGACGAUGACUUCGACGAUUUCCAAUCUGCCACACCUAUCACAGCAGCUCCUUCAAGGCCAUCGAUACCUGGUCUACCACUAUCCACCAGCACUACAGCAUCAAGCACCCAAUUCGCGGCGCCGAGACCCGUCGCCCCCUCACAAGGUAACAACCUCAAUGAUCUAGUCGGCUUCAAUUCCAUAUCGCCAGCACCCAGCGCUAUGGGCAGUAAGGCCUCGCCGCCAGCACCUAAUUACAACAUCUCCUCCCCACCAGCAAGCGCCUUUACAUCUCCACCACCGCUCGCACAAACACAAACCCAACAGCAACCUCCUCGUCCUACAGGCUAUCAAGCCGCAACACCCAACUAUUUCACUUCUGUGCAAGCGCCCACACCUUCCCAGCAGCCUUCCUCAGUCCCAAGUGCAAGACCAGGCGUGGCCUCCACGAAUAGUUUUUCCAAACCCGCCGCGAAAGCCUCGUCAUCCGGCGGCGAUGUCUUUGGUUCGUUAUGGUCUACGGCAAGUGCAGGUGCGGGAAUCAAGAAAACCUCAACGCCAACUAGUGCAGGACCAGGUCUGGCGGCAAUACAGAGAGAAAAGGCGUCGACCCAGAUCUGGGGAGCUCCUGCGGUAAGCAGCCAGGCAGCCAUGCCUACGGCGCCAAUGCAGCCGAUGCAGAGCAACGGGCAAAGGAGUGGAGGUGGAGGUGCGUUGGAUGAUCUGCUAGGGUGA